CAAAAAAGACAAAAGAAACUGUAGUAGCAAACUUUAGGAAUUGAAAGGCAAAAAAUUAGGCCAAAUUCAAAAGGUAUAUACACAUUAUUUGGAAGAAAGCAAUAGCAGUAACAUAUCAUCAUGCAUCGUUCCUUGUCCAUGAACAUCCGAUCAAGGUUUCUCAGCCACCAAAUGAUAUCAGAGGUGAAUCAAGUGGUGAGAAAUGGAGUUAUUUUGGAUCCAUGUGACGUGUUCAUAAACCACAGAAGCUUGGACACAAAAACAACAGUAGCCGCUCCUCUUUAUGACCAUCUCCGCAGACAUGGCUUUCACCCUUUUUUGGACAACAAAACAAUGAAACCAGGUGACAAACUGUUUGAUAAGAUCAACAGGGCAAUCUUGGAGUGCAAGAUAGGGUUGGCAGUGAUGUCACCGCGCUACUGUGACUCAUACUUUUGCCUUCAUGAGCUUGCCCUUCUCAUGGAGUGCAAGAAGAAGGUGAUACCAAUCUUUGUUGACAUUAAGCCAUCUCAAUUACGCGUCAUCAACAACAAAAAAUGGACCCUAGAAGAUCAACGGCGUUUCAAAUUGGCUAUUGAAGAAGCAAAGUACACUGUGGGACUCACCUUCAACUCUUUGCAAGGGAACUUCUCCGGUAUUGUGACAAGUGCUUCUGAUAUCAUCAUUGAGAGCUUGAUAGAGUUUGAGGAUGAAGAAGCGCAGAUGCAUCAAUAUUCGUACUUACCAAUUAGCUAAAUUUGCAGAAAAGAAAGACCAAUUACUGUCGCUUAAUUCUGCUGAUUUGUAACUAUUCUUCCUUAAUUAUAUGUAUGAUAGGUUCAAGAUCCUUAUUGUACAUAAAUAAGUGCAUAAUACGUAAUUGCAUAUUAUAAUUUGUCAAUAGCUUGAGUUAAUUUCUAGGUCAAACCUGCCUUUAAAAAAGGUAGAUUAUUUGUACAGUGUAUGCUAUAGCAAUGUAAAGAUUUCUGUUUCUGUAAGUUGUUGCAAUUUGCACUGCUUCUUGUUCUCCGUUGA